AUGUAUUGGGCACUUCGUCAUCUCGCCUCGGAGGAGGGUGCCGCGGGGAAUAGUGUGGGGAGUAGGCCCAUACGUCGGACUGGGAAGGACCAAAUCCACCACUACAUCAAAAGAAUGCCAGACAGGCAUCCAGUGGCGAGUGACAUGUCAAUAGGCAGUCCAGCCACGGGGAGAUGUGGGAACGGGAUGAUCAAGCUAUAUUCAGCUGCUGAUUGUCUCACAGCAACUCAUUGCUGCAUUACCCCAUGGGGAGUAGUGCAUCGGCAUGCGGCCUGGACCGGGGAACCAGUUGCCAGUUGGGUGGAAGUGCAGCUCCCCAAAAAAGCCCCCCUGGUUUCUGCCAUGAGGCGACUUAUUGUAGGCUUUUCUAAGACAACACUGCCCAGAAGAUACGCUGGCCCCGGAACACCACCUGGUAGAAACCGCACGGCUGCACAUCCAGGCCGGACAGCCCCAGGCAUGGGAAAAUGCUUCAUGAACAUGAGAAGCCCCCGGGACACACAAAGCGCCGCCCGUUGGUCACCCAGAGGACGGCGUCUGUGGAUCAGUUGGCAUUUUAUCCCUUCCAACGUGAGCCGCCAAAGCGGAAAGGGACGCGUCCGCAAGGCGCCCCAGAAUAAGUUCAUCGUUACGGCCGCGAAAGCACUGCCAUUCAAGUUGUUCAACAACUCUGGUGAAGCCACCUUUAUGUGUUUCCUAGACAGGCGUAGAAAGAACGGAUUGGGUUCAUAA